AUGGGUAUCUUGAAAAAUUUCGAAGGCGACAUACAUGACAAUGAAAAUGUCAAUUCAGUUGCACAAAUUGAUUCAUUAUUACAACCUCAUCAUUUUGACGGUUCAUCAUCAUCAUCGAGUGAAGAUGAAGAAGUGCAAGAAAAUCCAAUCGCUCCAGCAACAGUUGCAGCAGCUGUUCCUGUAACAAGAACUCGAACACCCAAGGUCAAAAAACCAGUUUCGAAAAUGCCUAAACCUAUUUUACAUGUGAAAAACAUCGGCGGUAAAAAAUCUCAAGGCAAUCGACAAAGUCGCCGACAUGAAAAUAUGUGCUUCUUAUUGAACCUUGCUCGAGAUUUGGAUGAAGAUUUUGCUGAAAUAAGUAUCAACGAUCUUGUUGAAACGACCAUCUCAGCAUUUGCACAAUUGUUAUUGAAUAAAAAUAAGAUGAAAUUCAUUUGUUCCUUAACUAGAGCAACUGAUAAGAAGAGCAAGAAAAAGAAAUCCAAGCUCGAUACCACGUCGAAUAGUUGCAGUAGCGAUGACACUUUGGAAUCAUUCGUACUUGUUGAAAAUCGUACGACGACUAACGAUAAUCAAUGUGAACGUCUUGCACAUCUACAAGAAGAAGCAACUACAUGCUAUCGUCGUAUUGAUCCAAAUAUUCGUUCUACAUUCAAGAGCAUGUUGAAACGACAUCAUCUACCCUUCGAUCGUAUAAGUUGGUUUGAAGAUGAUGUCAUUCCUUUUUUCAAGGAGAAUGCCGAUUCGGUUUAUUUACGAGAUUUAAACAAUUCUUUCGAUCGAAUGUUGCUUCAUGCUGUUUGUCAAUAUUUAAAUUUGAUUUCGAAAAGUUUCACACGUGAUGGUGAACGAUAUACUCAAGUUGAAAACCGUCGUAUCGAAUUCGUUCCGCCGAUCAUUUUACUAUCUGAAUAUGUUAAAACCAUGCAAAUGAAUCCAACUGGACUUGUCAAUGAUAUACUUUCUAAUCAUGUUAAUAAAACAGUAUCUUAA